ACCUGUUCUGGGGUGUUAUUUUAAGAAAGCAGAAGCAGCAUCAUUUGCACACCCCUUAUAGACACACACUUGGCUGGGGCUUUUUGGCUUCAGUCUUUCAAAAGUGAAGACAAGAUGAAGACCCACUUGCUUCUCUGGGGAGUUCUGGCCAUUUUUGUUAAGGCUGUCCUUGUAACAGGUGACGACGAAGGGACCGUUCUUCUUGCUGACAACAAAUGCAUGUGUACCCGAGUUACCUCUAGGAUCGUCCCUUCCGCCGAAGAUCCAAAUGAGGACAUUGUGGAGAGAAACAUCCGGAUUGUUGUCCCUUUGAACAACAGGGAGAACAUCACCGAUCCCGACUCCCCACUGAGAAGGAACUUUGUGUACCAUUUGUCAGAUGUCUGUAAGAAGUGUGAUCCUGUGGAAGUGGAGCUGGAAGACCAGGUCGUUACUGCCACCCAGAGCAAUAUCUGCAAUGAGGACGACGGUGUUCCUGAGACCUGCUACAUGUACGACAGGAACAAGUGCUAUACCACUAUAGUCCCUCUUAAGUAUCAUGGUGAGAUCAAAAAGGUGCAAGCAGCCUUGACCCCUGACUCUUGCUACCCUGACUAGUGUGAGUCACUCACCACGCCAUGCUUCGUCUUUAGAGGCUCUCCAUUUGCACCCAGAAAUUAUCUCACUGCUAAUGAAUUUGAAACCAGGUUUUUUUUUUCUUGAUAUAAAACUAACCUUCCCUGUCAAUAGGUCAGCAUUGCUGUCACUAUGAUGUAAUUCUUUGUCAAUUCCAAGUGGUAAAUCCUCGUGCCUGCCCAAGGACGUAUGUUUAAGAAUACAUUUUCUAGUAUUUAAAAUUGUGAGCUAGGGGAGAAAGUAAAGUUCCAGGAGUAAAAAUCUAGAGGCAUAACUAAAUUCCAUCCCUUCCUUCCUUCCUUCCUUUGCUGUGGAGAGCUGGAGCUUUCACACACCCUACACUAGUCUUUCUCUUACUAUCUCACUGUGUAGAGAAAACAUACAGUAAACAUACAGUAAGCAGAUCGUCAUUAAAAGUUAUAAGGGACACAUUUGGGAGCAAUUUACUAAUAUUUAUGAAAAGCAUUUUCUGAAAGUGAUAUAAUUUGAUGCAAAAAUGAAAAAAAUGAAUAUUGAUAGAAUACAUAGACUUGACUUUAAAUUUUCUUGAUAAUUUUUUGACAGUGAGAUUAUUAUCUGAAAUUCUUAGGGAAAUCUUUGGUGUCUCAGCUGAAUCUAAUGAAAUUUGUACUCCAAAAUAUGUAUUCUCUAGUACAGUUUGAACAAUUAAAUAGAGUGAUAAGCAUAUACCUGUGUGAAAUGAUUUGUUGGAAAAAUUUUACUUGUGUUUAACCUUCUUAUAUGUAAAUUAAAUAUAUUAUUGGCAAA